CCAGACUGGACGUCGCCACGGUGGGGCGGGACCUAGGAGGACGAGCGGGGGCGGGCGGUUUGCGGCGCGGGCCACUCCCCCUUCCGCCCCCGCCUUUCCGGUCCCGCUCCUCCUUGUGUCCCACGCGCCAGCGGACUGGCCGCUCUAGUGGGUUUGGGGGUGCUUGGUGUCUGGGGAGCUGGCUGCUUCUUCCCUAGCUGCGUGACUGUUUCAGGGAAUUCCAGAGAGAGUGCUAGCGGCGGAGGGGCAGAGGGAGGGACAGAAUCCAAUGCAGGCUGCAACCCUGAGCCAAGCCAAUACUGCGCUGGAUCCCAGACCCUGGGACGAUCUGAGUGAAAAUCGAGAGUCUGAUGCUCAACCGUCUGAGCCACCCACGCCCCCGAUAAGUUUCUGGAGCCUGGGAACUCCCAAGACCAAGGUGUCAGCAGAUUCAGUAUCCUUGAUGUGCCUGCCUUCUCACUGGGUCCUAACUUGGUAGAGAGAGAGAGAGCUGUGGUGUGUUCCUCUAAGAAUUACUCCAGUCCCUUCAUCGGGGACCUCCUCUCAAGACCUCAUCUAAACCUAAUUACCUCUCAAAACGCCCCACCUCCAGCUUUUCCUGCAUACGGUUUGCACUCUCAGUGAGUGGAAAUCCGGAGGAAGAGACGUGGUGGCCGAACUCUUGAUGAUGCAACUGCAGAAAAAACAGGAUUACCAUAUGGAGGAUUGAUGCAGUCAUCAUUGUUGUUAAGAAUGGAGAGCUCACUGCAGGAGAGAUCACUGUGGGGCCAUCCUUCGGACGAGCCAUCUCAGGAGCCCCUAACCGGACCGCAGGACCUGUCUGCCCUAAUACCUUAUAAAGAACAAGAAUCUGUGACCCUCAAAGAUAUAGCUGUAGACUUUACCCAGGAAGAGUGGGCCCUGAUGGACACAUCCCAGAGAACGCUGUACAGAGAUGUGAUGCUGGAGAACAUUAGUCAUCUGGUCUCUGUGGGGUGUCAUUUCUUCAGAUCAGAUGUGAUCUCCCCGUGGGAGCAAAGAGGGGAGCUGUGGAGGGAAGAAAGAGGACCUCCCCAAGGCUGGAGUCCAGGCAUGAAAAAAAGCCAUAACAAGCAAGAAAUAAUAUCUAUGCAAGAUAUCUACAUGAAGGACCCACUGAACUGCUGGACAAUACAGAAACGUCAUGCAGGAGAAAACCUCUCUGUAUAUAGUGGGUAUGAAGUUUUCAUUCACACCUACACAUUGACGCAACAUGUCUUAACUCACACUAGACAGAAACUCUAUAGAUGCAAUGAAUGUGGAAAACACUUCACCCGAAACGCCAACCUUCAUACCCAUAAAAUAAGUCACACAGGAGAGAAUCCAUUUGCUUGUAAUCAGUGUGGGAGGCGCUUCAGGUAUUUUUCAUCUUUAACUAGACAUAAGCGAAUUCAUACUGGAGAGAAGCCUUAUGAAUGUCAUCUAUGUGGGAAAGCCUUUGUUCGUAGUUCCCUUAAACAACAUCAGAGAAUUCACACUGGAGAGAAACCAUACACAUGUCCUCUAUGUGGAAAAGGCUUCGUUACAAGGUCUAAUCUUCGAGAACAUGAGAGAACUCACAGUGGAGAGAAACCAUACAAAUGUCAUCUAUGUGGAAAAGCUUUUGUUCAAAGCUCUUGUCUUAGAAAACAUGAGAGAACUCAUACUGGAGAGAAACCAUAUAAAUGUCAUCUAUGUGGAAAAUCCUUUGUUCAAAGUUCUUGUCUUAGAAAACACGAGAAAACUCACACUGGAGAGAAACCAUAUAAAUGUCAUCAGUGUGGAAAAGCCUUUGUUACAAGCUCUGAUCUUGGAAAACACGAGAAAACUCACACUGGAGGGGAAUCAUAUACAGGUUAUCUGUUUGGAAAAUCUUUUGUUCAAAGCUCUUGUCUUAGAAAACACGAGGAAACUCAGCCUGGUGAGAAACCCUGUACGUGUCAUCAGUGUGGAAAAGCCUUUGUUACAAGCUCUGAUCUUAGAAAACAUGAGAAAACUCACACUGGAGGGGAAUCCUAUACAUGUCAUCUAUGUGGAAAAGCCUGUGUUGAAUGCUCUUGUCUUACAAAACACGAGAAAACUCUCCCUGAUGAGAAACCAUAUACAUGUCAUCAGUGUGGAAAAGCAUUUGUUACAAGCUCUAAUCUUAGAAAACAUGAGAAAACUCACACUGGAGAGAAACCAUAUACAUGUCAUCUUUGUGGAAAAGCCUUUACUCAAAGCUCUAAUCUUCGGGAACAUGAGAGAACUCACACCGGUGAGAAACCAUAUAUAUGUCAUCUAUGUGGAAAAGCCUUUGUUCAAAGCUCUUGUCUUAGAAAACAUGAGAAAACUCACACUGGGGAGAAACCAUAUACAUGUCACCUAUGUGGAAAAGGCUUUGUUACAAGAUCGAAUCUUCGACAACACGAAAGAAUUCACACUGGAGAGAAACCGUAUAAAUGUCACCUGUGUGGGAAAGCCUUUCUUCAAAGCUGUAAUCUUCGAGAACAUGAGAGAACUCACAGUGGAGAAAAACCAUAUACAUGUCAUCUAUGUGGAAAAGACUUUGUUCAAAGCUCUUAUCUUCGAGAACAUGAGAGAACGCACACUGGUGAGGAACCAUAUACAUGUCAUCUAUGUGGAAAAGCAUUUGUUACAAGCUCUAAUCUUAGAAAACAUGAGAAAACUCACACUGGUGAGAAACCAUUUACAUGUCAUCUAUGUGGAAAAGGCUUCGUUAUAAGGUCCAGUCUUCGAGAACAUGAAAGAAUACACACUGGGGAGAAACCAUAUACCUGUCAUCUAUGUGGAAAAGCCUUUCUUCAAAACUCUUACCUUCGAGAACAUGAGAGAACUCACACCGGCGAGAAACCAUAUAAAUGUCUUCUAUGUGGAAAAGCCUUUGUUCGACGGUCUUGUCUUAAAAGACACGAGAAAACUCACACUGGAGAGAAACCAUAUACAUGUCAUCAGUGUGGAAAAGCCUUUGUUACAAGCUCUCAUCUUAGAAAACACGAGAAAACUCACACUGGCAAGAAACCAUAUAUAUGUCAUCUAUGUGGAAAAGGCUUUGUUACAAGGUCCGAUCUUCUAGAACAUGAAAGAAUUCACAUUGGAGAGAAACCAUAUGCAUGUCAUCUAUGUGGAAAAGCAUUUGUUACAAGCUCUGAUCUGAGAGACCAUGAGGGAACUCACACUGCAGAGAAACCAUAUACAUGUCUUCUAUGUGGAAAAGCCUUUGUUACAAACUCUGAUCUUAGAGACCAUGAGGGAACUCACUCUAAUUCUAGUGAAUGAACAUGGAAGUGCCUUCAGCCACAGCGCUAAUGUGAAACCAACCAGAGGACUCAGGUGGGGGAAGUUCCAUGGUCAUAUUCAUUAUGGAAAUGCCUUCAUUUUUAACUUCUCCUUACACAACAUGAGUGAACUGCAUUUGGAGGAACCCUAUAUUUACAAUCAAAGGGGAAGAGACAUUAGCUGGCCUCUGGUCAUAGGGUGCACAAGAAAAUCCAGUGAAUAACAGUCUAAUCUCCUUAAAUGGGAAAUGACACAAGAAAAUCUUUACAGAAAGAGGUCACUGUAGGAGAAUAACAAAAAUUAAUGCUGGAGAAGUUAUUCAUUGUUACAUGCAUGGAAAAAAACUUGACUAGUAGAAAAACCAUUGUAGGCAUGUGAAGUUUCACACACUGUAUAAUAGUGAACGAAUGGCAGUCUAAAGUGAUUUUUAAUUCCUUAGUCAACAUGUAGUUUCUCACACUGUACAUAUAGCAUUGCUAAAAUCAGAUAAAAGGUUAGACUUUGCAUUAGAAAUCCCUGACUAGGAAAAACCUUUAUCAAGAAAGUCUUAACACACAAUUUAGAUAUUAAUUUAUAAUUUUGCCUAAUGGCCUAUUAUAAAAAUAUAAGAAAGGUAGGAUUGUGACAUCAUCUGGGAAUUCUAAAUUCAGAAUUUUGUAACUGUUUUUUUUUUUAGAAUAGUUCUUGGAACUGCAUAUGAAGCAAAGUUGUUGCUGAAAAAUCCAUUGUGUUGGUCAGGGCCUAUUUUUCAUGCAUCAAUAGUAGUUAUGAUGAUUGGAUUCAACUAGAAAGCAUCUUUGAAUAUUAACUGAAAAACAGCACAAGAUGAUGCGUCAUGACUACAUAUUGUUAACCAUGUAUGUGGGUCGUAGUGAUGAACUAAAGAUUGUUACAUAGAUAGUUUGUGACCGAACCCUGUAUAAAUUUUCAUUUUAAAAUGCCAUUAUUGAGGGACAUCUGGGUGGCUCAGUCGGUUAAGCAUUCGACUUUGAUUCAGGUCACGAUCUCACAGCUGAAUUCAAGCCCCACGUUUGCGCUCUGCCGACAGCUCAGAGCCUGGAGCCUGCUUGAGAUUCUGUCUCAGUCUUUCUCUGCCCCUCCCCCCCUGUCUCUCAAAAAUAAAUAAAUGUAAAGAUUAAAAAGAAUAAAAUGCCAUUAUUGAGACAAAGAAGGGUAUUACCUUACAAUAAGGGGUCCAUUCAACAAUAGGAUAUAGUGUGUAAAUAUUUAUUCACUCAACAUAGGAGCACCUACAUGUAUAAAACAAAUAUGAACAGAUGUUAAGGGAGAGAGAGUUAUGUAAUAGAAGGGGGGCGUUAAUACACCCUUCCAACAAUGAAUGAAACAUUCAGACAAAAUCAGAAAACAUCAACCAUAAGUGACGUUAGAUGAGAUGGACUUCAGAGAGGUACACUGCACACGCAUACUUCAUCCAAAAGCAGCAAAAAAACACUCUUUGCAAGUGCCCAUGAGAUAUUCUCCAGAAUUGGUCAUAGUUACUGCCUGUUAGUACCAGUGCGUAUUUUCUUCCUAUUUUAUCCAAGCCAUGUAAUUGCCCCUCUUCCUCUCCUGAAAACCCCUUGCUUUCACCCCACAGAUGGGACACUUUUCUGGUUACUGCUGGAAUUGGUGCUCCCCAAACUGCAAUUCUUUAAUCCCAAAUAAACACUUACCUGCCUUUCAUUGUAGCUCGUUUUCAGGUUGGCAGAGGGGACAAGUAAUGUUUCUUUUCCUUUCUUGGCCAGGCACUAUCUGGGAGAGAUGACUUUGGAAGGAAGUCUUACUCUAUUCUGGCUCUCCCAGUUUUCAGGAUCCCACCCGCAGCUCCAGAGUGAGUGUGCUCACUCUGCCACUGCCUCAAAAGGUGCCACCAUAGACCACCAAACUAUUGAAGGAAAAUAAUUGUUAAAAUCUUUUAAUAUUUUUGAGGGAGAGAGAGAAUCCUAGCCGGCUCUGCCAUGUCCUCACAAAGCCCAUUUUGGGGCCUGAACCCAUUAACCAUGAGAUCAGGACCUGAGGCGAAUUCAGAUGCUCAAUGGACUGUGCCCACCCAGGUGCCCCGAAGAAAAAUAAUUUUCCUUUAACCCUUCUAGGUUCUUGGCUUUGAUGUCCCACCCCAGCUGGGGUGCCAGACAACACUAAACGGGAGGCUCUGAGCCCCUGCGCUGCUCCCGGCGGCCAGCAGGUGGCGCGCAAACCUGCCCUUUCUGGGGGGAGAGGGGCGCGUGAGCUUUCCACCAUGGUUGGCGGGGGGAGGACGGGGGGGAGGACGGGGGAGACACGCGCACUGACGGCUAUGGGCUGGGGAGGGGCUGCGCCCGCCUCCUGGAGGCGCCUCUCAGGCAGGGAACGCAGAGCCUCGCUCCUGAGUGUCCCCGCGUGGGCCACUCUCCGCCUUCGCAGUGCCGCUUUAGGGACACUCGGCGCGGGCGCUCAAAGGACAGCCACCGCGGGAGUCUGCGAGGCCAAAGUGGAACUUCCGGGGCAGUCGGAGCAGGUCCAGAUGGACCCCAGCCUCCACCCAGAGGCAACUUUGCCUGAACACGCAUUCCUUGCUAGUACGCUUUUUCUUUUUAAUCCCCUCCUUUGGCCUUUAAAAACCUUUUCCUAUUUCACUCAGAGGAGCCUCCUCUCCUUGCCGGAUGCAAUGUCCCCCCACCCACAAACCGUUUAAUAAAGCCAAUUAGAUUUUCAAAUUGACGGGGUUGAAUGCAGGUUUUUUAGCACACCAAGGGGAAAUGGGGCCCCUAUGUACAUGCUUCCACUGGCUUUUAAUGUUUCAUUUCCUUAUAACGCUAUAUAAAGUAGCUGAAAAAACAGAUGUACUAACAUAUUUGAAGUUCCAAAAUUUUAUUUACACCCCAAACAGAAGUAUUCCAGUACCUUACCUUUUCUUCCAAAUUCAGAAAGUGUAUUUCUAAGUUCUUUUAAAGUUUCACAUAUAUCUAACCGGCUUUCAAAGUCACUUUCUCUCAUUUGUUUUAAGCAGGGGGACAGGCCUUCUAAUAGCACACAACUUCAUAUAUUGCCAGUUUCUCCUUUGUUCAAAAUAAUGUACCACAUUGAUAAUUUGCAUUUAAAAAACGGUUUUGAUUUCAGCACUGUACUUCCUCUUCUGAGAUUAUGUAUAUUAGUACUUGGUAAAAUGGUAAUUUAUGAGGAAAUUGUUCUAGUAGCAUUCAAUCUUGGUGCCCUGUGUGAGAAGGAAAGCUGGGAAACACAAGUAAAAAGGGCCAGCCCGAUGUCCAAGGUUAGAUACUCCCCUUGAAUGCUUUUGGCUUCUGUAAUCUUGCUUGCCUCUUCCAUCAGCCAGAAACCAGGAACCAGAAGCUUGACUAGUAGUCCCAUUCAACCCGGAAGCACAUAGGCAUGAAAGAUCAGUAAAACCCAUACCAAGCCAGAUGCUUAGCCUUUGGAGGUGACUCUGCUGGACCAGCACUGGUGAUAAAUACAGUUUUUGAUUCCCCGAGGGUGUGCCACUUAUCUCUUCCUGGGCGCUGAGCAUUUGCUGUAACAUGUGUGUAUCUAUGUGUUUAUAGGUAGUUUAUAGAACAGAAAUGAGAAUAUUCCAUGUGUUUGCUGAGUUAGAAAAAAACUGUAUACCUUGUACCCUA